AUGAAGGGCAUUGCAGAUCUCAUCGAUUCUGACAUGGAGGAGGCGGGACCUUUCAUCGAUGAGAAUUCAAUUCUGUCAUCCGCCUCCGACACGACCGAUGCCACUACCACGAAAUCAGCGCAGGCAACACGAGGCAAGAAAAGACAACGCGUCACAAUGCCCCCGAAAGCGAAAUCGAAAUCACAGAAGAGUACCGUACCUGAGGCGAAAAAGCCCUCUUCAAGACAACCGGCGGGUGUGAAGCGCAAGGCGGUCGAGGAUCACGCGAAUGACCAAGAUUCCAAUGGCAAUCUCGAUGACACGCUGAGAAACUCCGAGGCGGAGAAGCCACCAAUCCCACCAAAAGCAAAGAGAGGAAAGCGCACAAAUGCGAAGACGAAAGCAGCUCCUGAUUCUGCAGAGACGGUCGAGAAUGAAAAUCAGUUGAUAGAGGUGUCGCCUGCGGCCGUGCGUUCAAAGCACGCCCCAUCUCGAACAAAGAAAGAAGCCCUGAAAGUCUCGGCCAAAGUGAGAGCUCCCGCAAAGUCGAGAGCGGCUCAACAACCUCAGUCUCCUGACCCGGAGCUGCAACACGAGGAGAACGAGACAACAAGUGAAGAGUUGGGAGGUGUUAUAGUACCAAAUGGCAGAGAAAUUGCGAGAGAUGCUUCCAGAACGAGGCAGGAUCCGCCUUACCGACGACGAGCUGGAAGCGCGUCCGACACUGAACGAAGCAAUCCUAAUCUUCGGCGCAAGUUAGGAGACAUCACCCGCAAAUUCGAGAAUGUGGACUUGAAAUACCGUAAUCUCAAAGAGGUGGGCAUCAACGAGGCAAACGCAAAUAUGGAGAGGCUCCGGAAGCAAUGUGAUGCCACCAUGCAGGCGUCAAAUAACUUGAUUGCAUCGCUCAAGAAGGAGCUGGCUACGCAGGCACCGCUGGCGCACGAGGCGCGCAAGCUCCGCAAACAGAUGCAGACCCAGGAAGAGGAGAUGGAACGGCUACGUGGCACGGCAUUGCAGCUCUCAACCUCUCUAGCUGAUGCUCAAAACGAGAUCAAAGGACUGGAAGCCAAGUUGGUAGCAGCACGAGCCUCAUCUGUUGACAACCCAAAACCUCCUAGCAGCGCCAUGAAAAGUACUGGACCACGCCAUUUGUCUGGAGAAGCUGCCCAGGCCGUGCAGGUUGCACAAAUGAAGGAGGAGCUGUAUAGCGAUCUUACAGGACUCGUUAUUCUCAACGUAAAAAAGACGGAAGAAGGUGAUACAUUCGAUUGUAUCCAGACUGGUCGUAACGGGACAUUGCAUUUCAGACUGUUUAUCGAUCAGGAAAUCGCGAAAGGGAUGAGUUUUGAGGAAACAGAAUACCUAUACACGCCACUGCUGGAUCGCGACCGUGACCACGAGAUGAUGAAAUUGAUGCCUAGCUAUCUGACCGAGGACAUUACCUUCGCCCGACACAACGCCGCCAAGUUCUAUGGCAGGGUCGUGGAUACCAUCACCAAGAAGAGGGGUGACGAAUGA